AUGGCCUCCAAUAUUUCCAAGGCCGGAAUCACCACCGACGAAUCGACUGGCGAACGCUACAUCCCCUCUUCACUCCGCGCAGACGGCUCCAAGCGCCGUGAAAUCCGAGUUAAACCUGGCUACAAGCCACCAGAGGAUGUCGAGCUCUACAAGAACCGUGCUGCCGCAGCUUGGAAAAACCGUGGAAAAGGCGGGGUGCCGGGCGCAGAGACCCUCAGCAGUGGGGACGACAAAGCAGUGACACCACCAGCCGACACCACAUCUGCCAACAAGAACGCAAAACGCAGAGAGGCUAAGCGCAAGGCCAAGGAGAAUGAGACACCUACUCCUGAAACUGAGAAGAAGGGCUCUGACUCGGAUAACUGGCGUGUGUCUGCUCCGGCUCCGGCUCCCAAGAACGAGAACAAGCCAGCUGAAGAGCCCGUCGAUAUCGAAGCCGAAAACGAGAAGAAAGCGCGCAACCUCAAGAAGAAGCUUAGACAAGCGCGUGACUUGCGUGAUAAGAAAAUUCAAGGCGAAGCUUUAUUGCCUGAACAACUAGAAAAAGUCAUCAAGAUCAACGAAUUGGUCCGACAACUUGAGUCCCUUGGAUUCGAUUCCAACGGCGAGUCUAAGGAGGAUGGGAAGAAAGAAAAUGCUUGA